UGCGGGCGGCCGAGGCGACGCGCCGGGCCGCGGCCUGCGGGGGAGCGGGGCGAACCGGGCCGCCGCCCAACCCAGCCCAGCGCAGCCCCGAGCCGGCCGUCGGGCCCGGCCGAGCGGCGGAGCCCGCAGCCCCGAGCGGCUGCGCCCAGCUCCAUGAAUGGAAAUCGGCAGCGCAGGACCCGUCGGGGCACAGCCCCUGCUCAUGGUGCCCAGGCGUCCUGGCUAUGGCACCAUGGGCAAACCCAUUAAACUGCUGGCCAACUGCUUCCAAGUUGAAAUCCCAAAGAUUGAUGUUUACCUCUAUGAGGUGGAUAUCAAACCAGAUAAGUGUCCUCGGAGGGUGAACAGGGAGGUGGUGGACUCAAUGGUGCAGCAUUUUAAAGUGACAAUAUUUGGGGACCGUAGACCGGUUUAUGAUGGGAAAAGAAGCCUCUAUACGGCCAAUCCGCUUCCUGUGGCCACUACUGGGGUGGAUUUGGAUGUGACAUUACCGGGAGAAGGUGGAAAAGAUCGUCCCUUCAAAGUGUCAAUAAAGUUUGUUUCUCGGGUGAGCUGGCACUUGCUGCAUGAAGUUUUGACAGGAAGAACCUUGCCUGAGCCUCUGGAACUAGACAAACCCAUCAGCACUAACCCUGUCCAUGCUGUCGAUGUGGUGCUACGACACCUGCCCUCCAUGAAGUACACCCCUGUGGGCCGCUCCUUUUUCUCAGCUCCGGAAGGCUACGAUCACCCCUUGGGCGGGGGUAGAGAGGUCUGGUUUGGGUUCCAUCAGUCUGUUCGGCCUGCCAUGUGGAAGAUGAUGCUCAAUAUUGAUGUUUCUGCCACUGCCUUCUACAAAGCACAACCUGUAAUUCAAUUUAUGUGUGAAGUUCUUGACAUUCAUAAUAUUGAUGAACAACCAAGACCUCUGACUGAUUCUCAUCGGGUAAAAUUCACCAAAGAGAUAAAGGGUCUAAAGGUAGAAGUGACUCACUGUGGAACGAUGAGAAGGAAAUACCGUGUUUGUAAUGUAACAAGAAGGCCUGCAAGUCAUCAAACCUUUCCUUUGCAGUUAGAAAAUGGCCAGACUGUGGAGAGAACAGUAGCACAGUAUUUCAGAGAGAAAUACAACCUCCAGCUGAAAUACCCUCAUCUUCCUUGCCUACAAGUGGGACAAGAACAGAAACACACCUACCUGCCUUUAGAAGUGUGUAAUAUCGUAGCUGGCCAGCGGUGUAUCAAGAAGCUAACGGACAAUCAGACGUCGACUAUGAUAAAGGCCACAGCGAGAUCUGCUCCAGAUAGGCAAGAGGAGAUUAGCAGAUUGGUGAGAAGUGCAAAUUAUGAUGCAGAUCCAUUUGUUCAAGAGUUCCAAUUCAAAGUCCGGGAUGAGAUGGCCCAUGUGACGGGGCGCGUGCUCCCAGCUCCGAUGUUGCAGUACGGAGGACGGAAUCGAACAGUGGCAACACCAAGCCAUGGAGUAUGGGACAUGCGAGGGAAGCAGUUUCACACUGGUGUUGAGAUCAAAAUGUGGGCUAUAGCUUGCUUUGCAACACAGAGGCAGUGCAGAGAAGAAAUACUGAAGGGUUUUACGGACCAGCUGCGCAAGAUCUCCAAAGACGCAGGGAUGCCGAUCCAAGGCCAGCCCUGUUUCUGUAAAUACGCCCAGGGUGCAGACAGUGUGGAGCCCAUGUUUCGACACCUCAAGAACACCUAUUCGGGGCUUCAGCUCAUCAUUGUCAUCCUGCCAGGGAAAACGCCAGUGUAUGCGGAGGUGAAGCGUGUGGGAGAUACGCUGUUGGGAAUGGCCACGCAGUGUGUUCAAGUCAAGAACGUCAUUAAAACAUCUCCACAGACCCUGUCAAACCUGUGCCUGAAGAUUAAUGUUAAACUAGGAGGAAUCAACAACAUCCUUGUACCUCAUCAACGACCUUCUGUGUUCCAGCAGCCAGUGAUCUUUUUGGGAGCCGAUGUCACUCACCCUCCUGCUGGAGAUGGGAAGAAGCCUUCCAUCGCUGCUGUUGUGGGUAGUAUGGAUGCUCAUCCAAGCCGGUACUGUGCCACGGUGAGAGUUCAGCGGCCCCGGCAGGAAAUCAUCCAGGAUCUCGCCUCCAUGGUGAGAGAGCUUCUCAUCCAGUUCUACAAGUCAACGCGGUUCAAGCCCACGCGCAUCAUCUUCUACAGGGACGGGGUCUCUGAAGGACAGUUUCGACAGGUUUUGUAUUAUGAACUGCUAGCUAUUCGAGAAGCCUGCAUCAGUUUGGAGAAAGAUUACCAGCCUGGAAUAACGUAUAUUGUGGUGCAGAAGCGACAUCAUACACGGUUGUUCUGUGCUGACAGAACAGAAAGGGUUGGACGAAGUGGCAAUAUUCCAGCUGGAACAACUGUAGAUACAGACAUUACACACCCAUAUGAGUUUGAUUUUUACCUCUGUAGCCAUGCUGGAAUACAGGGUACCAGCCGUCCUUCACACUAUCAUGUUUUGUGGGAUGAUAACUGUUUUACUGCAGAUGAACUUCAGCUGCUGACGUACCAGCUCUGCCACACAUACGUGCGCUGUACACGAUCCGUUUCUAUUCCUGCACCAGCGUAUUAUGCUCACCUGGUAGCAUUCAGAGCACGGUACCAUCUUGUGGACAAAGAACAUGACAGUGCUGAAGGAAGCCAUGUUUCAGGACAGAGCAAUGGGAGAGACCCGCAGGCCCUGGCGAAGGCCGUACAAAUUCACCAAGACACCUUACGCACGAUGUACUUCGCUUAAGUCAAUAAAACGGGAGCAUACUCACUGACAGGAAGAACUGAAAAAUUAAGCCACAUACAAUGUAUGUUUCCAGUGGGGUUGGUUUAUGGGGUGUGCCUCCGAUCAUGCUGACGGCGACACUGUGCAGGGCGAGAGGCAAACCCUUAAAUUGACACAAGGAAGAUUGUUUACUUCAUCGAGGAACACAGCACUAUUAUGCAAUAUGAAACCAGCCAACUGCUUUUUUGGCGCAGGCUCCUGUAGGAAGCACCGCCAUCAUUAUUAUUUUUUUUUUAAUUUCUCGUAGUUUAACCCUCUUAUGCCUUUACCUCAAGUUGCUCGGCAGCACAACUAUCUUUGCAAAAAAAAAUCAAUAAUAAUAAAAUAAAAAAAAAUCAAUGGUGUAAUUUAAAAAAAAUAAAAAGCAAACCACCUUUAUAGGAACAAUCACAAUGAUUGUUUGGGGGACGGAAGUGUGCAAAAGAAAAAUUAAGUUUUUUACCCCACUGCAUUGAGGAAUCUUUCUCCCAAUAUUGCCAUCAAGCAUUCGAAUGUGAACAUAUCCAAGUUCAUUUGAAUGUACACACUAGCUAGAGAAAAAUUGAGGGGGUGGAAGAGGUUUUGCACACUAAUCCGAUAAUUUGAACAUAAUUCAGCCAACUGCUGCCUUUGUGUCUUUCUUCACAGCUUUGGAGUUCUCGGCUCCAAUAGUUCCCUUUGAAAAAGCAAACACAGAAGCUCGUGGUGUUGUGUGCAGGCAGUAGUGACCCAAACUUCUCGCUCCCUGGUGAAUUUCCUAAAGCUGCUGUUUUACCUAGUCCAAAAGUUUCAAUUGUUUUCUAUCUGGCAAGGCAAAUACGCUGAAGCUUCACGUGAGAUCAGAUGCCCCAGGUUUUCUGGGAUUUCCUGUAGUAAACACCAGAACUGAAACUUUAGAGCUAAGGUCUUUUUGGAAAAAUGCUAGUUUACUUGCUGCCUCUCACACCUUAAUGUGAUUUCAUACGUAUGUGUUUUUGAAGUUUAGCUUCCUUUUGUUUCUUUUAUAUUUAUUAGAGUAAUAAUAAUGCUUUAAUUUAAUUAUUACAGAACAUAUGGUCAACAUCAACUUUUAUUUUUUAGAAAUGUAACCAUGUUUAUUUUUAAAAAAAACUGACAACUUGUUUUGCUAUCUUUUAGUGCAAUAAGCGUUCUAAAGGAAAACUGUGUCCAUUGAGCUGUACUAAAGCAGUGUUCGUACCACUAACUGUGGAAGAAUGGACACCUCCAUGAUUUUAAAAGGACAAAGUAAAAGCCUUAAUUUUGAAAGGAAAGUUUUAUAGUCAGAAGGAAUCUUGAAUUUUCCUUUUUUAAAUCAAAAAAUAACAAAAAUGCUUCUAGAAUUCUGCAAGCUUUACUUGUCACUGCAGUAUUUUGAUUUAACAAAGGAAUUGGCCAUAUUUUUGGCUUUGAAAUGUGGAGGAUAUUUGAAUUAAAUGGAAAAAGUUUUUUAUUACGAUCUAAGUUUUUACAUGCUUAGUUAAAUCUAUUUGACAUCAGUAAAAUGUGUGGGAUUAAUAAAAGUUUUUAGGCUUUUUUCCUCUUUGAUAAUGACUUUCCUUUUAAAAUUAAGUUAUUGGUAACUUCAUUUCACUUUGCAAAUAAAGAGGGCUGGGAUAGUUCUAACAUGUUAAAUCACUGAAAUGUGAAACAAAUUAAUGGGACUCUUUCAUUCCACUUUAAAGGUAAAACAAUAUUUAAGAUGUCAGAGACGAGCAUUUAUUCAGUGAGGGGGACUGGGGAGUUUUGCACUUUGUAAACUCGUGAACUGCAUUUUUGACUGUUUUUAUUUGCACUGGUUCAUAAUAUAUAUACUGCAGAUCGUUUGUAUGGGCAUUGCUGUUAUCCCAGCCCUUCCGCGCUCCACCUGCUCUCCACAUGAAAACCGGGGCUUGGUAUGAGUAGCUUAUCUCCUGUCACUCUCACGAAAUCCGCUGUUUUGCCAAUAUACUGUAUUUUGAGCCUAAAAUCUGAGCCCGUUUUGCUUCAACAGGCAUGACUCUCCCCCCCCCCCUUUUUUUUUUCUGCCAGAAAACAAAGUACUGUAUUUUGUGCAUUUGUAUAUUGUCUUGAAACGUCCGUAUGCUGUUCACAACACUGCCUCAAAGAGCUUUACUAAACACCCGAUAGACUUAUCUCCCAACAUCAAGGAAGAUAAUAUAAAAAGACUGCCUUUGUGAAGUUCAGCUUGCCCUGGACUAGUCGCGAUGGCGGGCGGUUGGCUGGUGGCUCGUUGUCGCGGUGGGAGGGGACGGCGGGCAGCUGUGGGUGCCCCCGGCGCGGUGCCGAGCCCCCGCUGCCGCCCCAGGGGUCUCCAGUGCCUCCCCUGGUCCCUGAGCCCGCGGCUUUCUCUCCAAAGCACUCCAGCUUGUAGUUCUGUUUAUAAAAGGUUCGGGUUAGGCUUUUUACACAAAAUUGUUUUAAAAUGGAUAAUUUAAAAAAAAAAAACCAAACUAUUUUACAAAGGUUUCUUGUGGAUUUCUGGCCUUUAGAUGAAAAUUCCUGUUUAAAGUCUUCUUUCAAAGAUGCCGUGUGCUUCUCAUCCUGCCCAGCUCAGUGACUGUGAUUUGAGAAGCUUUUUUCGCUUGCUACUUUCACCAAAAAAUAAAGAAACUUCAUUGGGAAAGUGACUUAAAUUACUUGCCGAGCUAGCGUUUUACCUGGUUUUCAUGUGAAGAGUAUUUGGGAGUUUUAAUCUCUGUUCUUGGUUUUGCAAAUAUCUACGUAAAGUGCCGAUACUUAUUUGUAUUACGAUAUCAAGUUACUGGCGUUGUGAGGGCCACGCAUUUAUGAUGCUGUAGCUGCUAUAUUUAUUUAAAUGGAGAUGGACAAUUACUGCACUAAGGAACGAGGAGAUAAGCAAGGAAUCAAGGUUAGUUAGAUAUCUUGGUUUUUUUCAAAAGAGAAUUAAUGGUGUGAAAUAUCAAGUGUAACAAAGGGUGCUGUCAUUUUAACUGAGAUUAAAUAGCCAGAUAUUCUUCCUUUGUUUAAAAACAUAUAUAUUUUGAUGUUUGCAGUUUGGGGGUGGGGGGGUCGGGAUAAAUGGUACCUCAUCUGUGGUGGCAGUUUCCAGUAUAUUUUCAGAGUAUAUGGAUUUCUUUUAUUUUUGUACCUGCUCUCCUUUAAAAAGAAAAAAAAAUAAUCUCAAAUUUUAUGUGCUGUUUGGGGAAAUCUCGAGUGGCAUACCAGACCCCCCCUCCCUCGCUGGGACCCCAAAGAGGGCCAUGGGCGAAGGCUGACAGUUCUCCUUACUUUGCAGAUAGACUGGCUGCGGGUUUAUGCCUGUCUAGAAAAAUGGUUCCCAUCUCCUAAGACACUGCACCGAGACCUCGCUUGUACUUAACAAGUGCCACUAAUUGCUCCCGUGGCGGGAGCAGGCGCAGGGCCGGGGGCUGGAGCAGCCGUGGGUAUGUCCCUGCAGCCCCCCGUGCCGUCCCAGCCCAGCGGAGAGCCCUGGGACUGGGAGCUCCAGACUCGGAGAGAAGUAGAGCAUUUUCUAGCUGAGGCGUUAAACUCGCAACAUCUGCGAACAGAGUGACUGACUCCACUGUAAGUAGCUUUUUUUUCCGUUGUAGGGCACUUCAGCUGUGGCCAUUUUACUCAGGAUCGCUGUGUUGCUGUUCAGUGUGUGAUCUGGUUAAACGCCUCAAAGUUAUUUUUAUAGGGUUCAUUCUGGCAUCCUUUUUGGAAGUUUGUUUGGCCAUAGAAAUGGUGUUCAGGAGUAAAAUGGGUUUCUGGAAGUUGUCAGUCAAAUUAUUUCAAGAUGCUAUUGGUCCUAAACUAUUUUCACUACUUCAUUUUUGUCCUGUAAAAUGCUCGACGUAAGACAGCAGAUAGUCAUCUUCUGGACAAAUUCCAGCUGUCAAUACUGGUUUUCUACUAGUCUUGAAGUUCACUCUGGUGAAAUUCCAAGCUCAGCCUACACUUAAAAAAGCUUGAGGCCUUUUUUUUACACUUUCGUCAUAUCUUGUCCUCUUUUGAUAUUUUCCCAGUUUUGUGGACUGAGGGUUUAGAACCUUACUCAAAGCACUUUUAUAACCGAGGAAUCAAAAGCUCAGAUUAUGUACAUUGAAACUAUAAAUUCAGUUUUCGGAGAUCGUUCUUUCUAAAUGGCCAUCGUAGUCUCUGGUCACGCCGGGCAGACACUUCUCCCUUCCAGUGCUGUGGAGCUUCGUGGCUGCAAUUGGUGGGUUGGUUGGAACCGGUGAAACAGUCCGUAGGGAUGUCAAAGGGAAAGAUCCCUGUCUGUCUUUUCUACCCAAAGAUGGUACUUUAGAUCGAUAUGGGGUAUUAGGGUAUCAUUUUUGUUUUGGCACACGUUUAAAUAAAACUUCACGUAGCCAAUUCACUCAUCAUUUUUUGUACACCUGAAGAAAUCGCGGUUAGAGCUUGAGCUAAUUGAUGCUUUCUGCUAGUCAAAGAUUUUUGUACUUUUGGUAGUUGAGGUAUGAAGGAGGUGGGUACAGGAUCCUGCAUUUUACCUCCCUAACAGAGUCUCUGGAAUCCUGAUCUCUAGAACACUAAACCAAAACCAAAUUAUUGUCCCUGAGUAGGCAAAGGUGCGUACGGCGGGGAAGGGAUUGCGAGGGAGAGCCUUGCGAAGGGAAACACCGAAGCAUCAGUUUUAUGGAAACAAGGGUGUUGGUGGAGAGACUCCAUCCACUCCCAUCCCACGCGCCCCGGCCAUCCGAAUCUCGGCGGAGGUACCCCCUCACCUAACACGGGUAGUUACCAUAGGGUCCUUUUAAAACAAAGCAGUUUCACUGUUUAGAACUUGGAGUGACUUUUUUUUUUAAGCAAGACAGUCCUCAGAAAGUGCCUUUUUAGAAGAUGGUGCUGUAGAUUUUUAUUUUCCAGUUGUACGUGGCUGAAAAUUUAAGAUAAAUUAUUGAAAAUGCCAAGUGUUUGAUGGUAUCUUUCAGGUACUUUCAAGCAUCAGCUUCUCUGAGUCAGGACCAAGAAUAACCAGGAAGGUGUUUCCAUUUGGAGGGAGAGGCGUUGAGGAGCGAUCACCAAAUUCCGCUGGUAGGCUAGAAGCGGUUUUGAUGUAGUUCAUGCAAUUUACCUCUUCACAUUGAGGGGGUACGUGGCGGGUGGGUGUAGGAGAAGCAACAGCCCGGGAAUCCUGGGGCAAUGGGCCUUGUGCCGACGGGGAUCCCACGGCUGUUGAAGGAUGUUGUCUCUGAGACGUAGCGAGCUCCCAAAGAUGAAGUAGCCAAACUGAGAGCUGUCUGAAGACUUAGGAGGUGGUCGGUCCUGCUGGGAGCAGACCUGGCGUGGCGUGGGUGUUGGAGGGGUGAUGCACGUGUGGUCCCAAGCUGGGAGCCGAGGUGCUCGGAACGGGAGCAGCUCGGUGGGGUGGGGGGUGCUGCCCCCUCAGACGGUGCCAGAGGCUCUGGGUCCACGGAGAGUUUGGUGAGCGUUCCUCCGGGCAGGAAAAGCUGUAGACUAGACUAUGAAACACUGCACCUCAGUAACCUUGUAAUGCUGCAUAAAGUAAUAAUAAUAGCAAAGUUCUGCUUUGAUUACACUGUAAUGUGCUUGCACAUGCCUGCAAAAAAUACACACUUAACUUUCAUUUUUGUAAUGGUCUUAAUAGCAGUUAUCGGACUUUUUUCUUUUACGAUGAACCUUGUCCUUUGUUGUGGUGUUUCUGUAUAUUUAUUGGUAAUCUGUGUGCAGCGCAUAGGUCUGUGUGUCUGGUCUGUAUGUUGCUUUUAACACUUAUUUUUAGGUGGGAGGAGUUUCUGAAUGUUCUGUUUUUUCUUCUCCAAAGUCAGCUUAACUAGUCACGUUUGAGAGGAGACUGAAUAAAACACCGUGACAGACAGACUACUUUAAUUGGUACCUUUUUUCUUUAAGUUCAAAACUAAAAUGAGUUUGUGUUCAUUUUAUUACUGUUCAUACAGUAUUGGGCAUUUAAGAUGUAGAUAACUUGAUGUCAGUCAGGAUAUUUUUGAAUAUAAGGAGCUUAAGCGCAAAACUCCCACUUGAAUUGGAAGUGGGUAUCAUUGCAGGAAUAUGUUCGUGUCCAGCCUUUUUCUAGCAGUAAGCAGAGCUUUUUGACACCUACUAAUUUGGACGCGAGCAAUGAAAUAUUUUGGGUUUACAGUCCCGGAGCGGGGCAGUGACGCCUGGUUGGAGUUGCCCUCACUUCUUUGUUGAAAGGGACGUCGUCGCAUUAAUUUGCAAUAUCGCACUCCCGCUCGCGCUACCCACGGAGACUAUGAAUCGCGUAUCUCUUUGCUGUGUAGAUUUCUUCCGAGUCAAGUUAAAGGAAUGAGCUGAUGUUUCUUGUAGUUUGUUACCAACUUUCUUGUCUUACUACAGUGCCCAAUGCCACUUUGUUGGUAUUUAAGCUUGCAAAGAUGUUAAGUUAUUUUAUAUUCCCAGUUUCUUAACGUUGUUAGGCUAGGAUUUAGAAAGCAUUUUUUCAGUCUAAAUUCUGAGCCAAAACUGUGUCUUCUAUCCCUUUUAGUAGUAGGCGUUUUUAUCUUUUAGACUAAAAAGGGCCAAAAAUCUCGCACCAUCAGCUUGUUUGCAGCAAUACUCUCCAUCUCUUCCCUUGCCCAUCAACCAGUUUAUUUUCUAUCUACGUUUAGCUAAUACUGAAGCUGUUGAGAUUUAGAAGGAAGUUGCUGCCUCCUCUUUCUGUCAAAAGAAAUGAAAUGCUGGUUUCUGUUGGGCAGAGGCCUCUUCCUAGAAGUCUUGCCUUGGUGGUGGUGAACUGUAGCACAUGGGUUUCUUUACAGUAGAAAUGUUCUGUAUGUUUCUGUUGCAUUCACUGGAGGGUGCAUGAUGUUUUAUAGUAUCCAAUUUAAAUGCCACUGAACAUGUAGACACUCCAUUAAAAUACUUUAAAUUAAAAAAAAAAAACAAACCACAAACCAAAAAAACCCAACAACCUACUGCUCACGGGUAAGUUUUAAUUCAUCCUCCUUCCUGACAAAGUUUGAGACUGAAGAUUUGCUGUAAUUGAUGCUACUCAUAGUAAAUCGUGCUGGGAUUAAUCCUAAAACUGAGCUGAUUUAACUGCACGUUUUAUGAGGAGGAGGAGGAGGAGUGGUGGUGACUGUGCUAUUAAAUGGUAGAAAGCUCUAAAAAAAACGUAAGGAGGAAACUUGUCUUCAUAUUGAAAAAGCUGAAUAUACUGAAAAAAAUCUCAUGCUGCUAGAGCCUUGUGAACGUGUCUCUUUGCAUCCACAGUUUACCCCAAAAGACCCCACAUGACUACUUCAAAAA